CCAACAACAUCAAACCACGACCUCCUGCACUCCAGACAAACACGCAAUCCAUGCCAAACCCACAAUAACCACCACAACAUAUGAGAUAGUCUAAAUACAAUGACAAAGAAACCCCUCGGCCGUUCCACAGGCGUAAGUAUACCUUGAACAAAGCCCCCACGCACCAAACCUAACCUCCUAACCUUCGCCCUGCCUUGCCUUGCCUUACCUUGUUUCUUCCUCCCGAGCAGGCCAACGGUUUUCAACUCCCGUAUUCCUAGAGCUAGAACAAGGCUAGAUUAACUAACUCCAAUAAAAGGCCCUCAACGCGCCCAUCGCGGCAUUCACAAUGGCCGUCGUGCUGUGCUCUUACUGCGCUUACUCGAUCAAUUCUGCGCGGAGAGGAGCCCAUUCCGGCAGCGAGUCUGGGUCUCCAGUUUCGUCGUCGACUUCGGUGCAGAAGAAGCAGAGGCAGGAUGAAUGGGUGAAAAGGGUUUUGGAGGAGGGGAAGGGAAGGGAGAGGUGAAUUUCUGUUUCCCUUUUAGGACUGCAUACUUAUUUUUCUUUUUUCUUACUUUUUUUUUGGAGUUGAUGGAGUUUGGGUUGUGAUAUUAUUCAUUUGAUUUAUAAUUGAUUACUUGUAUGAAUGAUCCUCUGUGCGUAAUGUUUUUUAUUGUAUUUAUAGUGCUGGGCUACGGGUAUUACUGCCUAAUGCUACAGCCGUUCUUACCUAGGAGAAUCUUUGAACAAGUCAGCGAGGGAAUAGCGAGGAUAUCAAGAAGGCAAUAAUGGAAGCUCGAGAUCGUAUCAGAAUUUUCAGUGUAUGAAUGGUCAUCUCCAGCCGUCUUGGACGAACAGGAUCUCCAUUUAUGUAAAGAUUCAUCAUGGUGGAUUCGCGAGGCAUUGAAGAGGUAUGUGCAAGGAUGGAAUAGA